AUGGAAACAUUGCCGCCGCCGCCAUGCGACCCGUCUCGGCGCCCAUCAUCCAAGAAUGACCGUAGCAACCGCGGCAACGAUAGCCGAAACAGCCGAGAUGAUCCGGAUGGCCGAGACAUCACAGCAACAUCCAUGGCUGAAUCCAAAGCGCUGCUGAGAAGACGGGUUCAGAAACAACAGCAAAGAGAACAACAACAGCAGCAACAACAACAACAACAACAACAACAACGAGAGCAAGAACAACAACAACAACGACAAGAACACCGAUCCAAUCAGCAAGGGCAGUGGAAGAAGCCACGCAAGCAUGAAGACGCAUCCCGGCAGCCUCCCGAGACGAAAGCACCCCAGCGACAUGGUCAACGCCCAGUAGUUGUUGUUCUGCAAAGUAUCUCCCGUCUUCUGAGGGGCGUGUGGCUUUUAUUGCGCUGGCUGUUUGCCCACCCAAAGCUCGUCGUUAUCGCUUUUGCCGUCAUUGCUGUCCUGUGCUCGGUCGGAAACCAGGCGUCGUCGUCGUCUUCGUCGUCGCCACGUUCGUCCGCCUCCCGGCACAGAGAGGUACUGUCACCCGUCAUACCCAGCUUCCCAUCCUUCUCGGACGGGAUCAGCGACACAGCAGUCGUUGUGGCUGAUGUGAUUAACGGUGACCCCGACUACGCCCUGUAUAUCACACCAUCAGUGAUGCCGGCCCGUAAUCUGCUUGAUAACGUUGACUCGGCGAUCCGGGCCUUUUCACAACGUCUCGUCCAGGAACAAACGCAGUACCUCAGACUCAUUCACCGGACUGAGAACUCUCCAGCGUUAGGUCAGCCGCUGCGCAGCGCCUGGCCUUGGACGUACUCGCGACGACAGGCCCAGGCCAGGGAUAUAGCCCUAGGGCAGGGACGGCAGCUAGGCAAGCUUAUUGAGGCAGCCCUCAGCUCACGCAAUACGCUCGUGAAGACGCUUAGAAGCAAGCAGACGUUACAGGCCACGCUACACGUCUCUCGUAACACAUGUAACUGGGCCAAGAUGCUGGAAACCAAGCCUCAAAUCGUCGCCGGCUUCGUCGAAAGGCUAACAACAUUUGAGCCAGCCAAGGCAGAUGGACCGCUGACCAAUCAUGACGUCCAGGUCCGGGACCUUGUAACUACCGAGGUUUCGCGAGCAAGGGUGCUCUGCUCUGGUUCCAACGUCAUGGCCACCUCAUGGAAGAGGUUGGAGGAGCACGUGGUCCAACGGGAUGUCGAGGACCUUAUGUCUGCGAGAGGGCAGGUGCAACAUUUGCUGGAGCAAGUUGUUAAUGGCUCCAACAAUCUUGACCCGGAUGAGCUGAACGAGUGGGAGGCCCGCUUGGUGGAUAUCGCCGUCGCACUUUUGAAGAGCAUGCGUCAAGUCUACGGGAGGUACUCGGAAGUUUGA